UAUUACCAGAUAUGCUGUUAUUGUACUUUAAUAUCACAGUUGUAUUAUAGUUAUCAUACACUGACAAUCAUGAUGGCAGGAGUUAAAGAUUCGCUCAACUAAAGGCUGUAAAAAAGGAGCACACGCCAGUGAGCUACAGCAGUUACCCUGUGCAUGUUUAUGACUGAAUAUAUAGUUGUGCACUGUGUGUGUGUGUGGGGGGGGGUGGUCUCUUUGUUGCAGUGGCUGUUGUGGCUGCCGGUGAGAGUCAGUGAGGCAGAAGCGUGUUUGACAUCUGAGCUGCUCUUAUAUCAGAGUCGAGACGGAGCUCACUGACACAGCGUUUCACAGAGAAGCUGCUCUGCACUGAGUGACACCUGUCCUCUCCUGUGGUUCAGUGUGGACAUGGAGAGGCAGGCGGUGCAGCGGGCGAGGGAGGCCUUCCUGAGCGGCCGCACUCGGCCUCUAGAGUUCAGGCUGCAGCAGCUCAAUGCUCUGCAGAGGAUGAUCACUGAGAAAGAGACUGAGAUUUCCACUGCUCUCAAACAGGACAUCAACAGGAGCCAGUAUGACACACCGUUGCUGGAGCUGAUCAGCAUUGAGAAUGAGAUCGGUCUGGCAAUAGAGAAGCUGGCAGAGUGGGCAGCUCCUCGACCUGUGGACAAGAGCGUCCUCACUAUAUCAGAUGAGGUUUAUAUACAGCCAGAGCCUCUGGGGGUGGUGCUCAUCAUUGGAGCAUGGAAUUACCCAUGGGCCCUCACUCUGCUGCCCCUGAUUGGUGCUAUAGCUGCAGGCAACGCAGCUGUGGUGAAGCCGUCAGAGCUCAGCGAGUAUUCUUCCCUGCUGCUGCGGGCGCUGCUGUCCCGCUAUCUGGACAAGGAGCUGUAUCCAGUAGUAACAGGUGGAGUGUCAGAGACCCAGGAGCUGCUGAGGCUGAGGUUCGACCACGUCUUCUACACAGGAAGCAGCUCUGUUGGCAAACUGGUGAUGGAGGCUGCAGCUCAGCACCUCACCCCAGUCACCCUGGAACUGGGAGGAAAGUGUCCCUGUUACAUCGACAAGAAAUGCAACAUCCGAGUGGCCUGCCGUCGCAUCACAUGGGGAAAGUUUCUCAACUGCGGUCAGACCUGCAUCGCUCCAGACUACAUCCUGUGUGAACCCUGCAUCCAGGGCCAAGUGGUGGAAAGCAUCCGGAAAACUCUGCUGGAGUUUUACGGCGCUGAUCCAAAAUGCUCUCCUGACUACGGACGAAUCAUCAACCAGCGCCACUUCAACAGAGUGAUGAGUCUGAUGGAAGGUUAUAUUCCUGUGUUGGGAGGACAGAGUGACGCAUCACAGUGCUACAUAGCCCCGACGGUGCUGAAGGACGUGCCUCCACACUCCAGGAUGAUGCAGGAGGAGAUCUUUGGCCCUCUGCUGCCCAUAGUGACUGUGAGCGACAUGGAUGACGCCAUUCGCUUCGUCAACGAGCGAGAGAAACCCCUGGCCAUGUACAUCUUCUGCUCUGAUAAAAAGGCUGCAAAAAAGAUGAUUGGUGAGACGACGAGUGGAGGAGUGACGGUCAAUGAUGUAAUGAUGCACUACACACUCAGCUCGCUCCCAUUCGGAGGUGUUGGUCAGAGUGGUAUGGGCCGUUACCAUGGCAAACACAGCUUUGACCAGCUCAGCCACCAGAGGGCGUGUCUGAUCCGCUCUCUGGGCAUGGAGAACGUCAACCUGUCUCGGUAUCCUCCUCAGGACCGGCGGCGGGCGCGGAGGUCGCGCAUGGCCCUCAGGGCCCCUCUGAUCGACAUGUCCAAGAGGACGCUUGUCUGGGCUGUCGUCGCCACUAUCAUCGGCACUGGACUCUUAAUCACCCUUGUGGUCAUCCUGCUCAUAGCUGCAGGCCUCAACUGUACCUGCUGGUACUGGAGAGGCUUUUAUAACUAGAGACACUGCAACAACCACGUGUUCCAUGUUUUGUGAGUUCUGCGCAAACAAGCACAUGAUGAACACACAGUCAAUCCUGUAUUAUAAUGAAUAUGUUUAAUCUACUGUAAAAACUAACUUUCAUUUAUUAUUAUGUAUGUGACAGCCUCUUCUUGUCGUAAUGGCUCUGAAUCCGACAGUAUUUUUUAUUUGUUGCUUUUUUUAUUGAAAAAUAAAAUGAUAUGUUACUAA